CAUCCAGUCGGCCGCCUCCAAGAGCAUCCGUCCCUUCCGCUCCAGCGAGGAGUACCUGGAGGCCAUGAAGGAGGACCUGGCCGAGUGGUUCAACACCCUCUACGACCUGGACAUCCAGGUGGACACCUUCCUGGAGAGCCUGGAGACGGGCUGCCACCUCUGCCGACACGCCAACAACGUCAACCGCAUCGCCCUGGACUUCCAGCAGCGGCACCCCGAGGUGGCCGCCCGUAUGCGUGUCCCCCAGAACGAGGUCAUCUUCCAAGCCAAGAACGUGGUGCCCGGUUCUUUCAUCGCCCGGGACAACGUCUCCAACUUCAUCCAGUGGUGCCGGCAGGACCUCGGCAUCCAGGACGUCCUCAUGUUCGAGACCAAUGACUUGGUGCUGAAGAAGAACGAGAAGAACUUUGUCCUCUGCUUGCUGGAGGUGGCCAGGAGGGGCUCCAAGUUCGGCAUGCUGGCCCCCAUGCUGAUCCAGAUGGAGGAGGAGAUUGAGGAGGAGAUGAGGGACCAAAUGGCCUACGGCGUGCUGGGCACGCGCCAGGAG